AUCAAACACUUGAAAGAGUAAAAACAUUCAAAUAUCUGGGGAUGGUGAUGGAUGAAAGACUUACAUGGAAACAUCACAUAGUACAUAUAGAAACUAAGUGCAAAAAAGUAUUAAACCUUAUGAGGAUGAUUUCUGGGCAACACUGGGGUGCGGAUAAAGAAUCACUCAUGAACAUAUACAAAGCACUAAUCAGAUCAACCAUAGAUUAUGGAUGUAUAGUGUAUAGUUCUGCAUGUACAACAUCUAUUAGGAAGCUUGAAAGAGUUCAGUUUAAAGGCCUAAGGAUUGCCUUAGGAGCAAUCAAAACAACGCCUACCUGUGCACUGUUAGUCGAGGCUGAGGAACCCCCAAUUAAAUUAAGAUUUGAGAAACUGUCGUUAACAUACUGGGUUAGGCUUAUGGGGAGUACAAAUAAUCCUGCUCUGUCUGUGCUAAACAACUGUUGGGAAUACCAAUUAAAGAGUCCUGGUUUUGGGUGGAAAGUUCAUGACAUGGGGGAGAAAUAUGGAAUUAAAGACUUUCGCUUUAGUCCUGCACUUGUUUUGAGCAAAGUUCCCCCAUGGAUGUUACCAGUCCCAAAAGUUGAUCUAGAACUGCUGAAAGAGAAAAUGGAACAAACUAAUGAACGGGCAUUAGCUAUGUACUGUGAAAGACAUCUUGUAUCUAAAUACUAUGGGUUUGUAAAGAUAUUUACAGAUGGCUCAAAAGAUAUACAAAAUGGUCAUUGUGGAAUUGGGAUUUUUAUCCCAAAAUUUAACAAAAGUUAUGGAUAUAGAUUAAGUAAUUUUUUAUCAAUAUACACAAUAGAGUUAACUGCAAUAAUUACUGCACUGAGAUGGAUUGAAGAAAUCAAACCACUUAGAUCUGUUAUAUGCUCUGACUCACUUGCAGUUUUGCUCAGCCUUGAAUCAGGUAAUACAGUAAGAGAGGAUCUGGUAAUUGAGACAAGACAUUUGCUAUUAAAUAUUAGAAAUCUUAGAAUAUUAGUUCAAUUUUGUUGGGUCCCAGCACAUGUUGGAAUUAAAGGAAACGAAAUGGCUGACAAAAUUGCCAAGAAAAUGCUGGAAAAAGAACAUAUAGGAAUUAAUAUCUCAAUGGGGAAGGGAGAAGCAAAAACUAAACUUAAGUCAGAAAUGCUGAUCAAAUGGCAACAUGAUUGGAAGGCAGAGCACAAUGCCAGGUUCUACCACUCAAAUCAGGGAAAUGUUUGGGGGAAAAGGGCUACAGGUCUCAACAGAAGGGAAGAGGUUGUGUAUAGUAGACUAAGGUUGGGUCACACAUGUCUUAAUGGUACAUUGCAGAUAGUAGGGAAGAGUAAUGGGUUAUGCAGGUACUGCCAAGUUAAAGAGGAUGUAGAUCAUGUUCUAUUUAACUGUUACAGAUACUCAGAACACAGACGACAGUGGAAAGAAAGAGAGGCAGAAAAUGGAAUAGUGAAUAUCCUGAAAGAAGAAGGAAUGCAAAGAGAUAAAAUGAAAUCCCUAUUUAUUUUUCUCAAUAACUCAGGUGGCGGUAUGCACCAAAGAGAUGUAAUCUGCCAAUAAACUAAGAAG